AUGGCAUCCACUGAAGACCUCCACAUUGCCAAUUUGUUCUCGCUCAAAGGCUAUGUCUGUCUCGUGACUGGAGGAGGAACCGGGAUUGGCCUCAUGGCCACCCAAGCGCUCGCAGCAAAUGGCGCCAAAGUGUACAUCACCGGACGAAGAAAGGAAGUGCUGGAAAACGCGGCGCAAAAGCACAGCCCACAGUCUCGCGACAGCAGUCUCAACGGGGAAAUCAUCCCGAUCGGCCCAUGCGAUGUGACCAAGAAGGAAGACCUUGAACGGAUUACGGCCGAGUUAGAGUCCAAGGAGAAGUAUUUGUCGCUGGUCGUCGCGGCCGCAGGUGUCUCCGGACCCAAGGGAAGACCCGACACCAGCGACGCCCACGAACUCAAGGCCAAGCUGUGGGAGGAAGACCCCGAAGCAUGGAACUCGACGUACAACACCAACGUGACGGGUGUGUUCUUCUCGGUGGUUUCAUUCCUGCCACUCUUGCAACGGGCACCGAAGGGCCAAACCAGCAGCGUCAUUGUGAUUUCCAGCAUGUCCGGCAUGAUGCGAGACUCGCAGGCUCACUUCAGCUAUAACGCCGCCAAGGCGGCCACUGCUCAUCUUUCGCGCAUGAUGAGCAAGGAGUUUGCAAAGACCGGAAUCCGCGUCAACAGUAUCGCGCCGGGCUAUUUCCCGUCCGAAAUGACCAUGAAGGGAUCCGACGAGGAUAACAAGGCCCAUAUGCCCAAGGAAAAGGUCGAGGAAAAGGGCCACAGUGUGCCGGCUGGUCGUGCAGGCAGUGAUGAGGAAAUGGCCAUGGGCGUCAUCUUCUUGUCCAAAUGUGGUUAUGUCAAUGGUGAGGUGCUGAAGUUGGAUGGUGGCGUCUUGAACGAAGUUGGCAGCUAG